GCGGUUCAGAUGAACGCCGUCCUAACUCAGGGCCAGGACGACCCACUCACACUUGAUCUGCUCUCGUCUGAGCUGCACUCCCACCCCGGAUCGCCAGACUCGCCCAAAAUCGACCUCCCCAUCCUCCUUCCGCUCUCACAUAAUCAUCCGCAUCUCGAUGUAUCUUCACACGAUCGACCGUUCGAGGUUGACGAGUUCCUGCUCACGAGGGCGUCGCAUACCACUUUACCUGACCUGAGAACCGAGCUGCGAGAUUACCUGGCUAAGCUGAAAGAAGAACUGGUUGGGUUGAUCAAUCGCGACUAUGGAGACUUUGUGAGUUUAGGCACUGACUUGAGAGGAGAGGGCGAGAGGUUAGAGAGACUGGGAAAGCCAAUCCCUGGCAUGAAACAAGAAGUUGAGAAAGCAAAAGGAGAGCUGGACGACGUAAAGGCCGCUGUUCGAGAUAGGCUAACUGAGCGAGCCGCACUCCGAGAGGAAAAGGCACUUCUGCAACUCCUUUUGACUCUCUCUGACUCUCUUGUGCGGUUAGAAUCUCUGCUCGCCAUCGCAUCACCACCGUCAGAGGAUCCGGAUAUGCCGACGAUAUCAGGCAAGAUGGACUUUGUGGCACCCGUGACGAGCCGGGGAGGAAAGCACCUUGCUCGUGUAGCCUCGGAGUACCUUCAAUUGCUGUAUCAUGCGGACAAAGCUAGGGGCGAAGGGUGUGCGUUCGUGGAUUCCAAUCGAUGGCGUAUUGACCGAAUCAAAACCACACUCUCACGGGAUCUGGAUAAUCUCUUCACGACCCUCUUGACCAGCUCCGCAAGCCAACAGACCAAUGAGGGCUUCUUCGCGUCCAAUACCACUGAUCGUGGUCGGCGCAUGCCUGAGCUGAAUGAAGUGCUCCGGACAUAUGAUGCACUAGGAGAAUGGAGGCAAGCGGAAGAGGUUUUGCGGAGAGAAGUCGUGCGACCGUUUAUCCGAAGUACUCUACAUUCCACUGCCCUUACUGCACCACUCUCCCCGCUCCUACCGCGAACGCCCUUCCUCCUCAAAUCCUUCAAGCGCACCUCUAUCACAGAAGCUCUCAUAUCACCACCUCUCAUUACCCCCGGAACCGGCACCCCGGGGCUGAUGGGCGCGUUCAACCCACAAGCCCCCUUGCUGCUAACGGAAGACACCCCGCUCGCAGCGGUAUACAAUCAGCUCCUACGUUUCGCGGACCGCGAAUUAGCUGGCCUCAUUGACGCCUCAGAACGGAUCAGCAACGCCCAUAAAGGCAGGCGGAACCCCAAUGAGACACCAGUGGAGAAUGGCAAACCAGAGGAAUCGGACAACAGGUUUGAAUUCUUGGCGAACGUGUUCUGGGCCGAGACGGCAGGGGCGUUGAUGGACGAGAUGGGUGGGCAGCUUUUUGCUGCUGGACGACCAGACGAGUUCUUAGUUAACUACCACACCACGAGCGCAUUCUUGCACUCGCUAGAAUCCCUUGCUCCCUCUCUGACCAGUGUCUUCACAAUCAGGUCGCACCCAGCAAGAAAAGCCUUCGACAGACGAUGGCAGCUACCCGUUUACUUCCAGCUUAGGUGGAAGGAGAUUGUAGGCGGUUUAGAGGAUGCUCUGAGUGGAAAUCCCAUUACCGGAGACAACUGGGAAGGCUUCAAAUCUCCUCAAUCAGAUGCCGUGUGGAAGGCUCUCGAGCGAUGCUGGAGCGAGGAUGUCUUCGUGCUCGAGCUGGGCGAACGAUUUUGGCGAUUGACGUUGCAGAUUUUGAGCCGGUAUAGGACGUGGUUGGCAGAGACCGCGCCUGCUGAAAUUCUUGAUCGGCCUGCUCUGUCACUUGCAGAAAAGCGAUCAGCGUCUCCAGCACUGAGCGGUGUGCCAAGUCGAUCUUCCACCCCGCACCCACCAACAACACCAGACGCCACAAAAGAUUCCGGGGCAGAUGAUGAUGAGACACUUCGCAAAGAUGCGUAUAACAUCAUCGACAUGAAACACUUGGAAGAAAAAGUGUGGGAUUUGUAUGACAGGAUUGGAGGGCUGCUUGAAGAAGCCGAGGAGGAUGAUGAGACGGCCAAAGAAACACUUCAGUCAUCACUGGCCCACUUGCUUUCGCGAAUCCCGUCAUACCAGACCCAAAUUUUGCAGAUCUUGACCAAGCGAUGCGCUGAUCCUCUUCGCCACGUUCGUUCAAUCGCUUCUCAGUAUCGUGCCAUGUCCAACAAACGCGAACCCACGGAACCGAGUUACUUUGUUCCCGGUAUCAUGCGACCGGUCAAGCUCUUCUUUGACAAGGGCGGCCCGGGAGAAGCUUUGAAAGGAAGUUAUGGUUCAGCAUGGGCAACUGAGAUCUUCGACGACCUUUGUCAACGAUACACCGCAAUAUUGGUAGACAUGAAGAAGACGGAGGAUUCUCUUCGACGAUUCAAGCAAGGGAAGAAGUCGGCAUUUUCCUUGUUCGGCUCCUCGACAGCGUCUGCUAAAGAAGAGGAAGGAAAGGACGAGGAGCGGGUCAAGAAGCAAAUGUUCCUUGACGUGACUGCGCUUGGAAAGGAUGCGGAGACUCUCGGAGUUGACGCCAGGACGAGCGAGAGCUUCAAGGGGCUCAUGCAGACCAUUGGCAUGGCAGAGGCGACGGUGUGAGGGCUCUUUGUCCGUCGAAACACGUGGGUCGGCCACGCGCCGCCCGGAGAUACCGUUGUCACAUAAUACCUUUGUAAGCACGGAGCAGUGGCAUCCCCUGUAACGGUAUG